GUGAAAUGUUGAUUAUCUACAUUCUAAUUCCACUGAUUUUAUUACGUUCAUGUCAGUCAGGAUCAUCAUCCAAAUCACCUAACUGCACUGAGACACCACGAUCAGCUAUUGGACGGUUUUUUUCAGCAUUAGCAACAUUUGUUAACUUAUUAUGUUUUCUAGAUGGAAUGUGGAAUACUAUACGAGGGUUCAUUUAUGAAGCUAAUGCACUGACCAAAUAA